AUGAGAAGAGAUGGAGAGAAGAUGAAAUCUCUUCAAGUGUUAGAGAAGAUUCAACGAUCAAUUAGUCCCAAGUUUGAGCACGUGGUUAUAGCAAUAGAAGAAUCCAAGGAUCUCAAUGCCAUGACCACUGAUAAGCUAAUGGGCACACUUGAGAUUCAUGAACAAAGGAUCAACAAGAAGACCCCCUCAAGUUCUUUAGAGCAAGCUCUUCAAUCAAAGUUGUUUUUCAGAGAUGACAGAAAUGAGCAAGGGGGAAUAUCACAAAGAAGCCGAGGAAAAGGUCGUGGUUACAAUAAUCGAAGUUCUAGUUUUCAAGGAAGAGGUCCAGCCAUAGGAGGAAGAAGUCAACCACACUUUGCUCUAAGAGGAAGAGCAAAAGAUUUGGGAGCCAAUAAUCACAUGUGUGGUAAAAGAGAGUCGUUCGUUGAGCUUGACGAGACUGUACAAGCACAAGUCUCAUUUGGUGAUUCUUCAAAGACUCCAGUGAAAGGAAGAGGUAAUAUUCUGAUCAAGCUCAAGAAUGGAGAUCAUGAUUACAUCUCCAGUGUUUAUUAUGUUCCUGCCAUGAAGAAUAACAUUUUGAGUAUGGGACAACUCCUAGAGAAAGGAUAUGACAUCAGCAUGAAAGAUUGUCAUCUUACCAUCAAAGACAAUCAUGGUAAUUUGAUCGCUCGAGUGAGAAUGUCCAAGAAUCAGAUGUUUGCAUUGAACAUCCAACAUGAUGUUGCGAAGUGUUUAAGUGCCAUUAUCAAAGACAAAGACUAG